ACUCAGACGAGCGCCGCCACCGAUGGCCAGAGAGUGGACACUAAGAUACCUGUCAUUCAGUCCGGUAGUGGUAGUGAUGACACUAAUUGCGCUCAAAUCCAGUCAAUCGACGAAUGCCUUAACGACAGCCAACGGACGGACGAUAAGGAGGCGGCCGUCGACCAGACGUCUCAAGACGUUCACAUGAAAAGCGCCGAAUCCUUGGAGUGUUUGUCCACCAAAAGUGGUGCCGAAGUGGCGGCGGCGGCACAGGUGUCGGACACCACCAGCGCCUGUGCCUCCGCUUCCGACGCCGCGACCGUCGCCGCGGACGACAACGAAGACGAGUCGUCGCAGCCGUCGACCUCCGAAGAGAUCGUCAAACUUAAGAUAGUUUUCAACAAAACUACUCACGAUAUAGAGAUCGGACUCAAGAGGACUGGACACGAGCUGAAGGAGAAGCUCCAGACGCUUAUCAAAGUGGACCCUUCGAUGCAGAAGCUGGUCGUCAAAGGAAUACCCAUUCAGGACAACAAAACUCUUAGCGAAAGUAAUAUCAAAAACGGGUUCAAAGUAUUGUGCGUCGGAUCCACUCUCCAAGAAGUGUUGGAC